UUGAGGAGAACAGCUCUGAAGUUUACUGGCUUUGAUUGUCAUUUGAACGUCUAUGGCAAAUCAUUCUUGCUAUGACAUUGUCUACGUACGGUGCGGACAGCCCAUCACAUCUGGGGUGAUGUUCUCGUCCGGUGUCCUGGGCAAUAUCGUGGCGCUGGUCCUGUUGGAGUUGCGGCGCAAGCGGACCAGUCCGUCCCUGUACCGGAGUCUGGUAACUGCGCUCCUCAUGACGGACCUGCUUGGUUCCAGCUCUGUGAGUCCUAUUGUGCUGACAUCUUAUGCUCGGAAUACAUCUCUAGUGGGAAUGAAUUCAGACAGGGUGCUGUGCUCCUAUUUUGGCUUCAGCAUGACCUUCCUGAGCCUCUCCACGCUGGCUAUCCUGUGCGCACUUGCGCUCGAGCGCUACAUCUCCAUAGGUCACCCUUACUUUUACGAGAGGCACCUGAGCAAACGCUUUGGUUACAUCACUAUUCCUCUUAUUUACCUGAGCAGCAUCCUGUUCUGCGUCGUUCCUUUUUUCGGUUUCGGUAAAUACGUGCAGUACUGCCCGGGGACAUGGUGCUUCCUGAAGAUGAGCCACGAUGAAGGGGAGGCUAUAGUUUACAUCGUAUUGUACGCAUCUUUCAUUCUCAUCAUGAUGUCCAGCACGGUGGUGUGCAACAUAUCAGUCAUUAUCCACUUGGUGAGGAUGCACAGGAGGCGCAAAGGACGCAGUCGUGCAGUGUCGGCGCACACCAGGUACCAAAGGUCUCUGUCCAUGACGGAGGAAGUGGAGCAUCUCCUGCCGCUGGCGAUAAUCACUGUGGUCUACAUUUGCUGCACCUUUCCAUUAGUGCUCCGAGUAUACAUAAACCUCACAGGCAAAGGUGAGAAUCAACUUGGAGCUGACCUUAGGGCUCUCCGUUUACUGUCUUGCCACACCAUCCUCAAUCCCUGGGUCUUCAUCUUCCUCCGCCCCACCAUUCUGAGAGUCAUCUGGAGGAAGUUGCGCAAACCGCACAAGUCAGCAUGCAUCUGGGGGAAGAGUUCUCAGUCCAAGCUGACUGAGGGAAGGUCCUGCUGUGCAGCUCCAGAGGCAGGGAAAGGAGGAUGACUGGGGACAGGAAUACAGAUACACAGGCCCACUCAGACUCACGGUGUGGUCUCUGUCUGUGUGUGGACUGAAGAAAGGCUGCAAACUAAACAGAGCUGAUCUUAUCACAUCUCAAAUGGCAUGAUUUUAAUAACAGGACGUGCACUGGAGUGGUGAGUCACAUGAAACUGAUGGUUGCUUUCCAGGAAGUAGGCUUGUGGUGAAACACAUGACUUGAAUUAUGAGAGUGGGCCUAGCUGUUCAGUUGUUAUCUGAACAAUGUGUGUUCACUGAGAUGUAGGUGAGAUGCAGCAGUCAGUGGAUAAUUUCGCAGAGGUUUCAUUGUGAAACUAAGUCAUUUAUCUUACAGUAAGAUCAUCUGUUUCAGGAAAUCAACCUAUAUGAAAUACAACACAGUGUCUGGAAAUUAACUCGGUGGAUGUAAGAAGAGUGAAGCAUGAUGAACCUGCUCACAGCAUGUGAGCCAUGAGAGUUUCCGCUCCUCACUCACGGAGCUAUGUUCCCUCCACUUCCCCCCUCAAAGUCACACCGCUCAAAUUGCUUUACUACUCAUUUUUGACAGAAAAUAGUGUGUCUUCGCAACACACAAGUCCAUUCUGGGUUGGACAUGCUUUAAAGUUGUGGUGUGAGCAGUGUUGGAGAGGAAUCUCGGGGGUUAUGACGAUGCCUCAACAUUUAGAAAAAUCCACUCUAUACGCCAUUCAGCAUUCCGUUCUGCUCAUAUACUUACGUUAUAUUAUAUAUCGUUACAGCGAUAUCCCAUUUUCAAGGUAUACCCUGAUGGAAUAGUCAAUCAACAACAUUUGGGACACAUAGCCCAAAAGAAAGGUUCAGUAAGAAGCAGAAAGAACAAAAAUUAAUUAGCCAGUCUAUUAACAGUAAUCUUAUUUGAUAUUUCUUCACCGUGCCACAAGCUUUGAUUUUAAUGCUAACUGAAUACAACACACACAUGCACAAGGAGGCAGAGGAAACAGUGACAACAUUCUGAGUUUUACUAACAGCAUUUAUAUUCCUAAAAUCUGUGGAAAAUCUGAGGGCGCCAUAUGGGCCUGCUUAUUACUCUAUUGACCCGUUAGUAAUUAACUUCCCUAUUUAGCAUUUAUAAGCAGUAUAAAACCACUUCAUACACUGUUUCUUACACUCUAAUGUUCAUGGUGUCACAAGAAGAUACUACAUUUUAAGUGUUUACUAAUGUAUUUAUCAACAAUUAUAACUUCUACAAAGCAAAAUGCAACUGUGUAGAAACAUAUUUUAUGAUUGCACAAAUUCAUUAACUGUUAUUGUUAACUAUGUUUAAUUAUACACAUUAAAAUCAUUGAAAGGAAGGUCGUAGAAAACAAACAACUGUGUGAUAAACCUUAAAAUAUUAAAAUAUAUCUAAUAAUGUUGUUGUUUGGGUCAUACUGACAUGUACAUUGUUAAAACACACACACACACAGACACACACACACUAUGAAAAAGAUGGACGAAAUUAAAGAGGGUUAAUAAAUUAUUCUGUUUCUGAGUUGAACAAUGAAGGUGUGAAAGAUAAACAGAUUAAGUUAAAUUUGAUGAACUGCGAGUAAAGAAAAGUGUAAAGCUUUCUGUUAAUACUCCAUUUAAAGUAAACCCAAAAACAUUUUAUAUUUCUGUUUUUUCAAUAACCUUUGACAACAUUUUAUCUUUGUAAUAGUAAAGGUGUACUCAGUUAAGACAGCUUGUUCUCGUUCCAAAGCUAUCAAAUAUCACCGCUUUGUUAGUGGUUUUGGUGUCAGACACCUGAUGCCAAAAGCCACAUUUUGGGAUGUCAGUACAUAAUGACCUUGAUAGCGUAAGAUUGAAAUGCUGCCAGUAACGGUGUAAUAUAAGGAGCUGGAAAGUCCAUAUAUGGGGGAUGGGAGAGGUGGUGGAUGGGUCUAACAAACCCCAAACACCUGGGAGCCUGGUGUAUGCAUGUAUAUGAAUGCAGAGCCAAACCAUGGUGUUUUUUCCUAAGCCUAACCAUGUGCUUUUGUCACUGGCAUUGUUUAGGGCAACCCAGAGGGUCAACAGCAGACACAGGAGGAUACCUAGCGUGUAAUAUGUAGACGUCAAAGUCUACUGACAAAGCGGCAAUAUGUGACGACUUGGGAUGAGAACGUGUUGGUUAAGACUACUUGAUUGUUGAGCAGUUGGCUCAAUAUCCAAUCACACUCAGCAUGUCAAUAUUGACACACAAUUUUCUCUGGUUUUUGUGUUAGUGAAUUACAGAACAUCUGACAAAAUCAAAUCUGCUAGGAAAGUGUAGGGAAUGCAUACAAUUAAAUAGUUUUUUCAAAAAGCAGUUUAGUAUUAGCCGAUAUUUAGAGUGCACAAAGUGGUGAUAGAUAAAAAUUAAGAUCACAGUACUGAAUGUAACCUUUAGUUAUGAUCCUCAGAUACUUAUCUCCAAAUAUAUCACCCUUGUUCUCACGAUGACACAAACAGGAUAUGACCAAUUAGUACCCAUGACAUAGUCUUUCACAGAAAAAUGGACCACUUCCUGUGUAAUUGCACGCAUUUACUCAAAAUAAUCAGUGACUUAAAUUAAUCUGCUGACUUCCAACUGGUAAAGUUUAAUCAUCAUUAAAUGUUUUUUUGGACAUUCACUGGAGAAUAAAUUUAAGUAGGGUUGGGUAUUGUUAAAAAAAUUACAAUACCAUGAAACUUGAUCCAUGGAGGUUUUGUUUUUGUAAUACUUUUAUCAAGCCAGGAAAAGUGACUUAAAGAUCUGUGAUGUCACCACAAUGUAAAGUCUUUCCCAUUCCCAGGUCAUCAAAUACCGAUGCUCACGCCCCUUGGCAUGUGAUAUCAAGCCAAAGGCAGCCUUUAGUGUCUUUAUGGACCUGCAUUUGUAUAGCGCCUUUCUAGUCAUCUGGUGACCACUCAAAGUGCUUUUUACACAUUCACCCAUUCACACACACAUUCAUACACUGGUGGCCGAGGCUACCAUACAAGGUGCCACCUGCUACACUCACACACCGAUGGAACUGCCAUCCAAUUUGGGGUUCAGUAUCUUGCUCAAGGAUACUUCAACAUGCAGCCUGGAGGAGCCCGGGAUCGGACUGCCUAUCUUUCGAUUGGUGGACAACCCGCUCUACCUCUGAGCCACAGCCGCCCAUGAGACACAUAGGCUUUAAAAUGACUCUAAUGUAAUCCCAUAUGAGGCAAUAUUUGAUGCUGAGAGCAGCUGAUGUGGUAUAAAGAGCGAGAAAGUCUGCAUAGGGUGGAAGGGAGGGGAGGUGGAUCAAACAAAACAAGACAUUCAGCCAGGACAACACAGUUCGUGUCCCAUGUAAAACCAAAAGGUGACAUUGUUUAAGGUGAUGUUACAUAACUUAUGUACCUACAUCCCAUGUCAAAUCAAAAGUCAGUGUUGUUUUCAGGUAAUACAAUACAAUACAAAUUUAUUAAUAUAGCACAUUUAAAAACAACAGCGUUGACCAAAGUGCUGUACAAAAAAUAAGCAUGACAAAAAUACAAAACACGAAAAGUUUGUUAACACGAAUUAAGAACACAAAAUUCAGACCACAAAGCAACCCGCUAUCACACAGAGACUGAGAAGGCCAGAGAAAACAAAUGGGCUUUUAAACGAGACUUAAAAACAGGCAGGGUAGGGGAAGUCUAAUCUGGAGGGGCAGCUUGUUCUAAAGUUUGGGGGCGACAACGGCAAAGGCUCUGUCACCCCUCUGAUUUAGCCGUGUUUUCCGGACAGCCAGGAGCGAUCUGUCAGCAGACCUCAAUGGUUGAGAGGAAACACGGGUGCAGGAGGUAGAGCUUAGAUUCUCUGCCCGAGCCCGAGCCCGGCCCGACCCGGCCCACGGGCCCAAGCCGGGUUGGGCCGGGAGCCCCCCUCCCUCUGACGGGCCGGUCAGAUAUAUAUAUAUUUUUUUUAAAGCUAUGAUUUGAUAAUGUUAUAGGCUAUGUAUUGUAGCGACCCUGCAGUAAAUGUUCUGUUAUAAUGUCAAUGUUCUGUGAGUUAAUGGCAUAUUUGGGACUGAAUGAGGUGCGGGGUGCGAGUGUGACGGGGAUGAGGAGGGCUGUGUGAGUACGCGUGCUGGUAUGUGUAUGAGCGAGCUGGAGGAGAGAGCAGGAGUGCACAGUUGGAGUUACAGCUAAGUUGUUUGUUGGUUGUUUUGGCGUGGUUACGGCCAACAGUAACUUGUACUGUUCAGUAAUAAACGGUGGUUUAAUUGCCGAAUAACUGCGUCAUCCUUUCCACACGUCCUGGCGGACGCUACAGUAUUAUAAAAAAUAAAAUUAAACCACACUUUGUAUGACACAUAAAGUUACAACAAACUUAGUUACAAUGUUGCAACAUUGUGCGCGCACAGCCCUUCACCACCUGGAUCCUAAAAUAAACACCUGUUUUAUUACAUAAUCAUGCUUCCGUGUUGCGCCAUUCAUUAAGAUCCUAUAUUUCUGUCAUUCAAAUAACAAGAAUUGUGGUUUAAUACUCUUAAUUAUAACAGCCAACUUAUUGAAAAAUGUCGGGUUUAAAUCGGGCUCGGGCCCAUAAUUACAGUUAAUUGGACGGGCCGGGCCGGUCCCAGACAUAACGUGCACGGGCUCGGGCCGGGUCGGGCUAGAUUUUUUGGGCCCGAUCUAAACUCUAGCAGGAGGCUAGACAAGUAAGAGGGGGCCAACCCAUUAAGAGCCUUUAAGGCCCUGACACACCAAGCCGACGGUUGGCCAUCGGUCAAAGUCAGGCCGCCGGUGAACGUCUGUCGUCCUAGUUUUUGCGGUGUGUCCUGCAUCGUUGGCAUUUCUACGCCUGCGGCUUUUCGGCCGAUUGAGCAUGUUAAAUCGGCAACGGAGCUUGUCGGUGAGAGAGAUCACUCUGAUUGGCUGUUUAGGUUUUAUUUCCUCGCCCCUGUAGCGAGUGAAUCUGCCUGUAGUGAAACCGGGGCUAACCUGUGCUUCCUCCUCAGGCUCCACUUCACUCAGCUGCCCGACAAAUCUGCUGCUUCUUCCAACUUUAACCUGAAUAACAAACCGGGGCUAGCUGUGAGGCUAGCGGAGCGUUAGCCGCAGCAUGACAGGAAGGAAGCACAACCAGUUAGUCUCCACUAGCUUCCCAGCUAGCCCCAGCUCUCCGUUUGGAUCCAACCGGAGCACCGAGCCCCGAGCCCCGAGCCCCGGUUUGUUAUUCAGGUUAAAGUUGGAAGAAGCAGCAGAUUUGUCGGGCAGCUGAGUGAAGUGGAGCCUGAGGAGGAAACACCGGGACCGUCUGGGUGUAAUAGUCCGUGAAGGUGCUGCGGUGCUCGGCUGCACAGAUAGGAAACCCCUUGGCUGACAGGAUGUACCACUCUCUCACUCCGCUACUUUGUUUAUCUCAUGGAUUCCUCGGACUUCCGGUUUCCCUUUUUGCGUUACUUCCUCUCACGCAGGCACAGAACGUACGUGCUACUUGGCCGUCGGAUGUAGUGUUUGUAGUGUGUUCAAAUGCAACUAACACAGGGCGACGUGAGGCGACGUAGACGAUGCAACAGUUGGCUUUCAUCGCUACUCGUUCUUUGAUGUCGGUUUGGUGUGUCAGCACCUUAAAAGUAAAACAAUAAGAUCUUAAAAUGAAUCCUAAAAGAUACAGGAAGCCAGUGUAGGGACUGUAAUAUCAGGGAAAUGUGCUCUCGCCUGCGUGCUCCAGUUGAAAGUUGAGCAGCCGCAUUCUGAAUUAAUUGGAGUCGUGAAAGGGAAGUCUGAGAGACACAAACAAGGUAAUGUUACAUACUUCACGUAUGAACGUCACACACUGACAUCACUUGUGUGAUGUAUUUACAUCAUGUUAUGCUGUUGUUUUUUAACAAACCACUUAUUUUAGCACAAAACAUUAUCUUUUUUUUAAAACCUGAAUGUGACUGUUUCACAAAAGUAACCUCGUGUAAUGACGUGUUUCAGCUGCGCACCACAUAGAGACGCUAAAGGGUGCCCCGUGCAUCACUAUGAGAUGCUGAGGGGCAUGACAACAUGUUGCUAGCAGUGAUGGCCUCAUGAAGCCUCAUGAAGCAUUUUCUUUAUUUUAUGAGCCCACUAGAUGGGACUCUUGGUUUAAAGAGAGAGGCUCAAAGAAUGGCAAUUCAGUGUGUUUUAAACUUUUUGUUGAAGAAAAAGUGCAAACUAGUGGGCUCAGAAAAUAAAGAAAAUGCUCCAAUGAGGCUUCAUGAGGCCGUCACAAGUUGCUAGUUAACAACCUAGGAAUGAGAAUAGGUUGACCAAGCGAGAACUCUCAGCAGGGCCAGAAGGAGCCAUGUUAUGGUCCAGUAUCGAGAUCCAAUUAUAUCUGUCCUGAAUUUUUAUUUUUAGGUUGUGACAGUUAACCACAUAAUAUAUUUUUAUUGUCUACUUGUAUAUUAAAGGAAUAGCAAUCUACUUACAUAUAAAUGUAUUUAUUAUUGUACUUCUAACUUUUCACUGCUUUUGUGAUCUAAAAUGAAUCCUUACAUGUGCUGUGCUUAUUUAUUUUUAAAUCAUUUAUAUCAAUCCUAUGACUGUCCUGGUAUAGGUAACUGAUCUCAGAGAUUUUUUUAUUUCUACUUCUAGUUACUUAUUUCUAUAUUUAUAUUUAGCAGAGAGCUGUUUUAAGCUGUUAAAGCUGUUUGUUAAUUCUAUAUGGAUUAUGUUAUGCAUCCACUGAUAAU